GUUAUCAUCAUUCAACCCCGUUCUGCCUUUGCCUCCUCCCUCGUCUCCCCGAUUCUGCUCCUCAAUCUUUGUACUGUCCAAAAAUACUCUCAAUUGCACUUCAGCGAUCAUCCUGCAAUAGUCCGGCGGCCCGCGACUAACAAAUAACUUCCGGCGUGAUGGCCGCCAUCUGGGGUAAUGGGGGGCAAGCAGGGCAGUUUCCCCUUGAACAGUGGUUCUAUGAAAUGCCCCCGGUCACGCGAUGGUGGACAGUAGCUACUGUGGCUACGUCCGUCCUAGUUCAGUGUCAUAUCUUGACUCCCUUCCAGCUGUUCUACAGCUUCCGCGCGGUCUAUGUAAAGUCCCAAUAUUGGCGACUUCUUACAACGUUUCUCUAUUUCGGACCACUUAGUCUAGACUUACUCUUCCAUGUCUUCUUUCUCCAGCGGUACUCGCGCCUUCUCGAAGAAUCAUCCGGUCGAUCUCCAGCCCGUUUCUCUUGGUUACUCUUCUACGCCAUGGCCUCCCUUCUCCUCAUUUCCCCGUUCCUUUCGCUUCCGUUCCUGGGUACAGCUCUGUCGUCCAGUCUGGUGUAUAUCUGGAGUCGGCGCAAUCCCGAAACCCGCCUCAGCUUCCUCGGCAUUUUGGUCUUCACGGCCCCGUAUCUGCCUUGGGUGUUGAUGGCAUUCAGCCUAGUUGUCCACGGUAUCGUGCCUAAAGACGAGAUUUGCGGAGUGGUCGUCGGUCAUAUCUGGUACUUCUUCAAUGAUGUCUAUCCGUCUCUACAUGGCGGCCACCGCCCCCUGGACCCCCCGGGUUGGUGGGUACAGUUAUUCGAGUCCCGGGCUGGAGCAGGAACCGGCACAGCGAACUUGACCCGGGAUUUCGCCGCCGCCGCGGCACCUGAAGUCCGAUGAGACGAAAAGCACUGGCGGACGGAUUCUUAGAUUAUCAUAUUUUAUACAUAAUAUCCAGCCAUGGUCGGGGUGUAGCAAUCAUUUUUGGAAC